UAUAAAUUAUGUAUAUAAGUAAAUAAAUAUUUAAUGGACCAAUAAACAUCGAUAUUGUCAAGAUGAUUAUCAAAGACUGAUAAAACCAGAGUCUUAUUGUGAAAAUAAUAUAAAACUAUCGGAAAAUAAACGGAAAAUUAUAUUAGGAGUUGACGGAACUGGUCAGGUUACGUACAGGAAAACAAGAUGGGGUCACUUCCGAACUUGCACGAGUUGUCGCGAGACAAACUCCAGAACCCUAUCGUGCAUCGGACGGCUCCCAUUGGUGGGUUCGGGCCAGUUAGAUUGCCGGCUCAGCCGCCACCACUUGCGCAGACGAAUCGCAGGGUCAAGAGCAGCGGCCAUCAUCAUACUUUGUGGGACAAUGACGCAAUGUUAGAGCAUAUGACAACUUACUCACCAAUAUCAUGUCGAUCAGCACGUGCCUCAGCGCUGUCGUGUCGUCGCCGUGAGUCAAUGACUUCCUCAGCCGGUACAUCGUCCGUGCGUCGCCUCAUCGCAGCAGUCCGAGCGGGGACGCCCUCAACGUCCGGUGGAGUCUUCAGUACUGGCUACGCUGGUUGCAACAUACUCCCGCGCCCACCUCGCAAAGUGGUGAUACGGCACUGUGCGGCCCUCUUUCUGGGACACAUUACAAUAUCCGCAGCAACGUUGCCCCUCCUGCCGCUCCAAGCUGGCCUGGGUGCUUUCAAUUCACAUCUAGGGCCCAUUUUAUUAGCACUUUUAUACGCCGUAGCAACUUUAACUUCUUUAUUAUCGACUGUAAUUAUACAAAAAUUAGGGACUAAUAUUGUCAUAUGUUUGAGUCAUUUAAUGACGAUAAUUUUUAUAAUAACACAUUUGUAUCCAAAGUGGUAUGUCUUAUUACCGAGCUACGCAUUGUUCGGCAUCACAUUGAGUCCCUCAUUGUUGUCACGAACUUCACAUGUUAACAAUUGUGCCAAUAAUUUGAGUGUUAUCUACUCUACCGACCCAGAAGAUCCCGAUGAUACCAGACGUGAAUGCUUACUACGAAGGCUCAAUCGUAUUAUGAAACUCGCAGAAGAUGUCGGACUUGCUGUUGGCUGUCUUAUUGCGGCAUUGAUAAUAAAAAUAAUAAAUCCCAUACCCAUGGGCGCAGACGACCUUGAAGACGUCGGAAAUACGUGUGGAUCUGAAUACUGUCCUCAGGAAACGUAUUUCUAUAAUGAAACCCUUCUUUUACCGACGAUGGCAGUAGACACGGCUAAAAUAAUGCUGAGUGUUUUCUUGGGACUCGGGGUCUUGGCAUUUGGAAUAUCGUGUGCGUUUCUUGACUCACGGCUCAAAGAACCACGGAACCAAAUGGACCAGCAGUACCAGCAGCAGACGGCUCGUCAGUAUUUCCAGUUGAUAAAACAGAGUUUCCAGGAUCCAAAGUUACAGUUAGCAGCUCCGUUGACUCUGUUCAUUGGUUUGGAGCAGGGAUUUAUUUAUAGUGACUUUACAGAGGCGUUUGUUGUUUGUGCGCUAGAUGGAGCUGGUCCAGUAACACUUAGUUUUUUAACUUUUGCAUUGUUACAAGCAGUAGCUGGAGUUACUCUUUCAAUGUUAAUGCGGCAUAUUCGCAGGUAUUUUGUUGUUGCGGUUGGAUUUGCCUUCCACGCAUGCUUACUACUAGCCCUAGUAACAUGGCGGCCCGCAGGUGAUGACCCAGCACUUUUCAACGUUAUAUCAGCCGCCUGGGGAGUCUGCAACGCCAUCUGGGAGACCCUAAUUCUAACACUGCUACUUGGCCUGUACCCGUCAACGUGGCAAGCUCCCUUAUCGACCUCAACAUUCUGGAAGUACCUGGGCCUUUUCUUGGCUCUAGGUCUCCACGGAGUAGUUUGCACAAGGCUAAGAGUCUUAGGUCUAGGCACCAUGCUCAUCCUGGCAGUGGUUCCGUACAUCUGGCUCGAGCUACGGCUUUCCAGGCGCGGAAAAUGUCUAGUGACUUCCUCGUCAUCUUGA